UUCAGUAAUCAAAUAAACUGCCCCUCCGAUCCUUCCUUAAAGCCAUUUAUCAACAUUUUCCAUUUAACGUAAAAAAAGCAGAAGCUAUUGGCUGUGUUCGUUGCUAGCAAUAAGAAGAAGAAGAAGAAGGCUUAGAAAUUAAUUAAAAAUGUCAAAAGCAGCAAAGAAUAUGAGAGUUCCAGUGAAGAUAAUUGUAAUCAAUACACAAUAUAUAGAAACGGAUGCCAGCAGCUUCAAAUCAGUAGUUCAGAGGCUAACCGGCAAGAAUUCCACUGUAGAGCUGGAGGCAACAGCCGCUCCACCGCCACCGGCAGCCGCUUCCUACGGCGGCCACACUAGUUGGAAUUAUCAAAAUGGUGAAACAUUAUUAAUGGCAGAGACUGAGUCUAUUGCGUGUAAACCAAGUCCGAUUUUAGGGUUCAACGAUUUUGACAAGUUAUUUAAAGAGUUGCCUCCUGUGGACGACCUUCUUCGCCUUUGUGCAGAUGAAUUUCGUUCUAAUUUUUAGCCCACGCGUGACUUAUUCCUACAUGCUACUGCGUCUUUAUUCUAAUUUGUUACGUUGUACUAAAUCAUUUCUACUACCAUUAUUUAAUUCAUUCAUUCUUUAUUA